AUGUCAUUGACACAAGUUCUUCCUCAACCGUCAAUGACGGGUUAUGAUCGUGAAGACGAUGAAAUCAAUAAUAAAUCAAAAAGAAAUGAAAUUGCUGUUGUUUCAAAAUUCGUUGUACCACCUUAUGGUCAUCGUCAAGAUUUUGUACCACGCAGACCAGAUAUGUUUGGUGAUGGUGGUGCAUUUCCUGAAAUUCAUAUGGCACAAUAUCCACUUAAUAUGGGUCUUGCAAAAAAUCAAACCUCAAAUGCAAUUCAACUUCAAGUUGAUGCUGAUGGAAAACCAAAAUAUGAUGCUAUUGUUAAACAAAAUGUUAAAGGCAGCAAAAUUGUUUAUUCAAGUUUUGUUGAUUUAUUACCUAAAGAAGUUCGUGAAGAUGAUCCAAGUUUACAAAAACCAUCUGAUGAAGAUUUAAAAGAAAAAACAGAAAAAACACGUCAAGCACUUGAAGCUCUUGUAUCAUCGAAAGUAUCAGCUGCUUUACCUGUUCAACAUGCAGAAAAACAAGCACCUGUUCAAUAUAUUCGUUAUACACCUUCGCAACAAGGAGCAGCUUUUAAUUCUGGUGCUAAACAACGUAUUAUUCAAAUGGUUGAAGUUCAAAAGGAUCCUAUGGAACCACCUCGAUUUAAAAUCAAUAAGAAAAUUCCUCGUGGACCUCCAAGUCCUCCAGCACCAAUUCUUCAUUCACCAACACGAAAAGUUACUGUAAAAGAACAACAAGAUUGGAAAAUUCCACCAUGUAUAUCUAACUGGAAAAAUGCCAAAGGUUAUACUAUCCCACUUGAUAAACGUUUAGCAGCUGAUGGUCGUGGUCUUCAAAGUACACAUAUCAAUGAAAAUUUCGCUAAGCUUGCUGAAGCUUUAUAUACAGCUGAUCUAAAAGCUCGUGAAGCCGUAGAUAUGCGUGCUAAAGUAGAAAAACAAAUGGCUAAAAAACAAAAAGAAGAAAAGGAAGAACGAUUACGUGAAUUAGCUCUCCAUGCUCGAACAAAUCGAGCAGGCAUUCGUCCUACUGAUAAGAGUGAUGAUCAAAGUGCUGAACGAGAUGAAAUUCGACAGGAAAGACAAAAAGAACGACAACGUGCUGCUGCUCUUCAACGAGCUGGAGGCGAUAAACGAAAUCGUCCAAAAGAACGUGAUAUUAGUGAACAAAUUGCAUUAGGUGUACAAACUGCAAGUAGUACAGGUGUUCAAUAUGACCAACGUUUAUUUAAUAUGUCAGCGGGUUUUGGAAGUGGUUUAGGUGAUGAUGAAGCUUAUAAUGUAUACGAUCAACCUUGGAAUUCAUCAACUGCUGUUGCUUCUCAAAUUUAUAAACCAACAAAAACAACAAAGGAUAAUUUUGAAGAUACUGAAGCUUUAAUCAAUACUGCGAAACGGUUCGACUUUUUUUUUUUGUUUCUUUUCUUUAUUUAUUUAAAAAAAUUUGAAUGU